AUGACUCCAGAAGACACUCAGUAUUGUAAAGAUAAUGAACUGAUCUGGAGAUGUGAGACAUGUUCUCAGGAACGUAGAAAAAGUAUGGUUCUUGAGUCUAGGCCUGAGUCAUCAGUCACCUAUGAUGACAUCUUCAAUCUUGUGCUUGACCUUAGAAAAGACAUAAAUAAUACAGAGACUAAUUUAAAUAAGUCUAUUGAACUUUGUUUUGAAGAGCUCAAAGAUACUAAGAACCUUGUUAGUAAGCAAAGUGAAGAGGUUGCGAGUUUAGUUGAGCUGGUCAAUACUCUUAGAACAGAGAAUCUGGAACUUAAAAAAAAGGUAGCCUCGCUAGAGUGUAGGAUGGACGAUGUAGAACAGUACUCUAGAAGAGAGACUAUUGAAAUCUACGGUGUGCCUGUCCAGCCUGGAGAGCAAGUUCUGGAAGUAGUGAAAUCUGUAGGGAGGGCUUUGGACAUAACCAUUGAGGACUCAAUGGUCAGUGCCUGUCAUAGGCUGCGCGUGAAGGAGGAGUCUGGAAGACCACCCGGCAUCAUAGUGAAGAUGACAUCUCGCAUGGACUCUGAAGCUGUGUUGCAGAGACGACGGGUGAAACGGAACUUCUCGACCCACCACAUUGGCCUGACUUCAACACCUGCCUCGCCCAUCUACAUCAAUGAGAGUUUGAGCCCUGGAAGACGUCGACUUCUGAACGCCGCCCGUGAAAAGAAAAAAGAAAAACUCUACACCUACCUCUGGAUAAGAGGUGGGAAGAUCCUGAUGAGAAAAGCGGACGGAGAAAAAGUGAAAGUUAUCAACAGCUUAGACGACUUAGCCAAAUUUGUGACAGAGAGAGAAGAUAUCAAAUCAGCUGAUGUAUUGAUUUUCAAUGUCAAGGUCAACGGCCUAGAGAACUUUACCGUGAUAGCCGUGUAUCGUCUGCACACUAGUAGGCGAGCGGAUUUCACGCAACAGCUGAGUGUUUUGUUGGAUGAGUUUAACGGAAAGAAUAUUGUUGUAAGGAAACAGAAACAAUGGAAUGUGACAGUGACGACCCAGAACAAGAGACAGAAGAAACAGGACCAACUCAUUGUGAAGCGUUUGUAG